AUGGAGGGACCCCAAACCGAUAAUCAUGGUACUAGCAACGCCAUUGACCUUUCACACCACCUAUCGGGUGAGGCUAGAGAUCGAGUCGCCAAUCCACUGAAAGACAUCCUGCGGGUGAUCAGCGAAUGCCCGGUCGCUGAUCUCAUCAGCAUGGCAAAUGGCGAUCCUCAUCAUUCGUUGUAUCCUUUCAGGCAAAUUAUGUACGAAGUGCCAUCUGUGCAGGAUGCAUCGGAUCCAAUGAUACAUUCAUACAAAGAUCAGGAGUGCGCACUAUCCUAUUCGCGACGCCUUCCCAUACUCCCGUGCUGCUGGACUUACAACAGUGCAGAGACGUGCUCACCUGACUUCACGAAGUUGAUAUUUGCUCCGCCGAAUCAUCAUGUGCUGUUGACAUUGGGGAACUCUGAUGGCAUCACGAAGGUUUAUCGCCUUUUGGGGGAGAAGGGAGAUCAUUUUUUGACUGACGAGUUUUCUUUUCCUAGUAUGACUAAUUCCCCCCUCGCAUACGGCGUUAAGUGGGUCGGCAUCAAGAUGGAUUCUGGUGGUAUCAUUCCUGAGGAGCUGGAAAAAGUCCUCGUCAAAUGGGAACGAGCGCAUCGCAUCAAUAAAGUUGGAUGUAUCAUCAGGGUUGGCCAGAAUCCCACUGGAUCAACGCUGAGCGUGGAUCGUCGCAAGAAGAUCUAUGCCAUUGCACAGAAAUGGGACUUAAUUAUCAUAGAAGAUGAUCCUUAUUAUUUCUUGCAAUACGAUAUACCUCAAACGAGCCGUACGUCUGCAGAUCCUGAUGAAUUUAUUCAAGAUUUCAGAAGCACCUUGAUACCGACAUUCUUGUCAAUGGAUGUCGACGGCCGCGUGCUUCGUAUCGACACGUUAUGCUUGCCCCCGGAAUGCGAUUGGGUUGGAUUACAAGCAAUAAAGCUUUUUCAUCAAAAGUUGGCAGAUUACACCGAUUCGUCGACCCAGCCACCACACGCCUUCGGUCAGAUGUUUGUCACCGAGAUGCUCGGCGAACAUGGCUGGAAAGUCGAGGGCUUCUCUCGGUGGCUGAAAAGCUUACGAUUGGACUACCAGAGACGCCGUGAUUUCCUCCUCGAUGUUUUUCAGCGCGAAGUGGAAUCUACCGGUUAUGCCAGUGUAAAUUGCCCUGAAGCCGGGAUGUUUGUUUGGAUAGAAGUUUUUUUUGAGAGACAUCCUCGUUUUGUUCGCGAGCAGUAUUCUGGUGGCUCGCCUGUUGUUGCACAGACGAAUACGGAACACCUGCUGAAGGAGCUUUUCGAAAGGUUAAUGAAUACCCAAGGCGUCGUGUUCAUACCAUCUUCUACCUUCGCUAUACCGGAAAACCCCCUAUGGGUGGCAAGCGAUGGGCAUGUGCCAUUGCGCGAUCGAACGAGGUUUCUUCGUGCAACGUUCGGUGGCACUGAGGAGAUCAUCGAGAAGGGCAUGAUACGUCUUGGCAAGGGCUUACGAGAAUUCUUUCAGGAUUAG